GUAGCAGAAGAUUACAAAAGGCUUGCAUGCAACUUCUCCCCUAGAUCACAUAUGAUCUUCCCCCAUAUCUUUCUCUCUCCCGCAGAAAAGUGAGAGAAAAGAGCUGAAACCAUGAAUUCAGGCUUCAGCUGCAGCUCCAUAUCUUUAGUGUUACUUCCAUCUUUUCUUAUCCUUCUCCUUCUCCUUCUCUUCUUCUCCUCUUCCGCCUUAAACGAAGAGUACCAUUCCACUCACUUUUAUUCUUCUUUCACCCCAUUUAAUCUUAGAAAAACCAAAAACACAACCCCAAUGCGAGUUUCCCAAGAUGGUUUUCUCUCAAAUUAUUCUAUGUAUAAAAGCAGUACUCACAAGGCUAGCAGCACCAAAAAGAAAACUAGUGUAAAGAGAAUUGAAGAAGAUUUAGCUAAAGCAAGGGCAGCAAUUCAGGAAGCGAUUCAGUCGAGGGACUAUACAAGUGAGAAGGAAGAGACAUUUAUCCCUAGAGGAUCCAUUUACAGAAAUCCAUAUGCUUUUCAUCAGAGCCACAUAGAGAUGGUGAAGAGGUUCAAGGUAUGGACCUACAAUGAAGGGGAGCAACCUUUGAUCCAUAGUGGGCCACUGAACCACAUCUACGCCAUAGAAGGGCAAUUCAUCGAUGAAAUAGAAAGGGAUAAAAGCCCCUUCAGGGCUAGCCAUCCCGAAGAGGCACACGUAUUUUUCAUGCCCUUUAGCAUAGCCAACAUUGUCAGAUUUGUUUACAUGCCUAUCACCAAAAAAACUGACUUCUAUCGUGAUCGGCUGCAAAAGAUUGUAAUUGACUACAUCAAGUUCGUAGCAGAAAAGCAUUCUUAUUGGAACAGAAGCAGUGGUGCUGACCAUUUUAUGCUUUCAUGUCACGAUUGGGCACCAGAUGUGUCAGAUGACAAUCCUCAGCUCUUCAAGAACUUCAUGAAGGUCCUCUGCAAUGCCAAUACCUCAGAAGGAUUCCGACCCACAAGAGAUGUUUCAAUACCCGAAAUUUACCUAGAAUUUGGAACACUUGGCCCUCCUCACCAAGGCCAACCCGCAAACAAUCGCCCAAUCCUUGCCUUCUUUGGUGGUCGAGAGCAUGGACAAAUUCGAAAAUUCCUACUCAAGCAUUGGAAGGACAAAGAUAGUGAUGUACAGGUCCAUGAAUACCUCCCAAAAGGCCCCAAUUACACCAAAAUAAUGGGCCAGACCAAGUAUUGCUUAUGCCCUAGUGGAUUUGAAGUGGCAAGUCCUAGAAUUGUGGAAGCAAUUUACAUGGGAUGCGUCCCUGUGAUCAUUUCUGAUAGUUAUUAUCUGCCUUUUAGUGAUGUCCUUAAUUGGAGCCAAUUUUCUAUACAAAUUCCAGUGGAGAGGAUACCUGAGAUCAAGACAAUAUUACAAGGGAUACCCUAUGAGAAGUACUUAAAACUGCAAAAGCAGGUAUUGAAAGUGCAAAGGCAUUUUGUGCUAAAUAGGCCUGCUAAGCCAUUUGAUGUCAUUCACAUGGUGCUUCACUCAGUGUGGUUGAAGAGACUAAAUUUUGCGCUUCCUACUUAAUUGGCUGGGGAUACAUAAUCUUAGUUACCCUAGCAACCUUUUUUUUUUUUUUUUUGGUUUAGAAUCUAGCUUAGCAACUUGAUCACACUGGCCAGCUAUGUAACUUUUUGUUGUUCAGUGAAUUUUGCUAAACCUACUUAAUUGGCUGGGGAUACAUAACCCUAGUUAGCCUAGCAACUUGUACCUAGAAAAGAAAAGUUUUAAAAAGUGAAACUUGUACUUGAAGCAAUUUAUCAGAG